CAUAUAAAACCAACAUUAAGCAACAUCAAAUCAUCAAAAAUCAACAUAGCCCUAUCAAAAUCACCCUGUAUUUUACAAAAAAUCGACCGCCUAGUGAAUCAGGCGUGACCUGGCGUCCAUGGCAGUGUCAUGGCGAAGCCUAUCAGUCAAUGGCGACCGCCAUUUGUGAGUCACGUAAAUCGUAGCAUUGCCAUGAACUUCUUUUUCCGCCAGGACGCCAAAUCGUCGCCUGGGCAUCUAUGACAACUAUGCAUGUAUUGUGAUGGGAGAACAAUCUUCUAUAAGUCUUUCAACUCAUCCUUAGAUAUCAAGGAUUUAAUGUAUUUGUUUAAAUUAAUGGAUGAUGUUGUGCAGGAAGUUGGGCCAGAUAAUGUCGUCUAGGUUGUGACUGAUAAUGCAUUAAAUUUAAAAAAGGCUGGUAUCUUACUUAUGGUGAAGUAUCCCAACCUAUAUUGGACACCUUGUGCAGCCCAUUGUAUUAAUUUGAUGUUCAAAGACAUUGGUGAAAUGAACAAAGUGCGCACAGUGGUUUCUGAUGCCAAGAUGAUCACCAACUUCAUCUACAAUCACAGCUGGGUGUUGGCAUUGAUGUGAAAGUACAUGAAAGGUGACUUGGUGAGGCUCACAGUAACAAGGUUUGCAAUAAAUUAUAUUGCACUUGAUAGUCUUCAAAAUCGGAAGGAAGGGCUAGUUAAAUCAUUCACCUCUAAUGAGUGGUUCACUAGUAGAUAUGCAAGCACUGAAAUUUGAAAAGCUGUUCAAGACCUAAUCACCUCAACAAAGUUUUGGGAAAGGGUAUACCGACUUACUAAGAUUAUGCAACAACUAUUUGUGAUACUUAAAGUAGUUGAUGGUGAUAAGGCACAGACCAUGGGAAAUAUAGUGCAUUGUAUGGAAGUUGUCAAGCAGAAGAUAGAAGAGGAGAACCCAAAGUCAUUCAAGGCAUUUUUGAAUAUUAUAAAUCAUCGAUGGGAAAUAAUUUGGUUCAAGACCUUCAUCGGGUAGGUAAUUUCUCAAUUAAAUUUAUAAGUGACUUUAUUAGUAAUUUAAUAUACUUAAUCGUUAACAAUAAAAAAUAUGUAACCAUGUACAGCCUAUUAUUUGAAUCCGGAUCUUCACUGCACAAACAAUUUAAGGUAUAGGAAAGAUUUGAUGGAAUCUUUGAAGGAUGUUAUCAACAAGUUUGCUCUUAAUAUUGAUGUGGCCAAAAAUGCGGUUGAAGAGGUUGAUUACUAAUCUUAAAUAUUGAUUAAUAUUUAAUACAUUGAAUGGCGUAUUAAUAUGUUAAUACCUUUAUAGGUGAGGUACUUCCGGGAGGCCACUCGUGGGUUUGCUGGUCAUUUAGCUAUCCGUGCUAGAGGAACACAACGCCUUGCUGAUUGGUGGCUGAACUAUGGAUGGAGCACUCCAAACUUGAGGCCAAUCGCAAUGAAAAUAUUAUCAUGCACGACAUCCUCAAGUGGCUGCGAACGUAACUGGAGUACGUUCGGAUUGAUACACACCAAACCUUGGAAUCGUCUAAGUUAUGAGAAGCUGGAGAACCUAGUGUAUGUGCACUACAACAUAAAAUUGAAGAUGAAAUACUUAGAAUUGGAGAAAUCAGGGGAGGAUACUGAUGUCAACCCAAUUGACAUCACCCACAUACUCAACGAGGAAGAUUCAGUUAGGGGAUGGAUUGAGGACACUGAAAAGGUUUUGGUGAUGGACAAAUUAUUUGAAGAUCAACGUGAAACCACACCUGAUCCCAUUAUAGAGGACCUCAUUAGAGAUAUAAAUAAAAAUUUCAAAAAUAUUGAUGAUGAUGAAACCCAAGCACAAUCAGGUAUACUAGAGGAUGAUGAUAGCUCUGAUGAUGGUGAUAUCAGGAGGACGAGAUCAGGUGCUACAUAUAGUGCAACUCAACCAGAUAGUGAUGAUGAUGAUCAAAACAAGGAUGGUGCCGAUGAUGAUGAUGAUGAUGAUGAUGAUAGUGGUGGUGGCCAAACUUAUGUGUUGGUACCUUUCAUAGAAGAUGUUGCAUUUACACAUGCAACCUAAGAUAGUCAUCAUGGUGCUCGCACACAACCAAAGUCUUAUAGUCGGAGGGGUAGGGGAUCCCACAAUCCGAGUGCUACUAAUGCGUUAAUGAGUAGCAUGGGGUCAAUGAGCAUUAGUUCAGAUCCCGCUAGUUCCUCAUCCGGAUAUGGACACCAUACAUCUUCAGGUGCAUCUUUAGGCUAUGGAUAUGAGACUUUUGUAGGACAAUCAUUUGCCAAUCUAGAGCAGUAUAGAAUUUCAGAUCACGCUGGUUCCUCAUUCGGACAUGGACACCAUGUAUCUUCAGGUGCCUCUUCAGGCUAUGGAUAUGGGACUUAUGCAGGACCAACAUUGACCACUUUAGAGCAGUACAGAAGAUUCUACAAUGAAUGGGAGACCCACUACCAUAAAUAUUUCGAUUGGGGUAAAUAUUGUGCCUAUAUUCGACAAGUGCAGAACAUCAUCUUAGUUGCUCCUAUUCAAGAAGAAGGUCCUAGCC